GCCAGCUUCCGUAAGCAGGCUCCAGUCAAAAGAGAUUCGAAACGCGUGUACCACAUCACGCGGGCAACAGUGACCUCUGAACUUGUUCUCUGCAGUGAAAUGGCAAAGGAAUUAUCGGAUGUGUUGAGGCUUCGCAACUCAAACGACUGGGCGAAUCUGAGCGCUCUCAUCAGGCGACAUCUCAACGAGAAUGACAUCUCUGGUCUGAUUGACUACCCCAGUCUGGACAUGGUAGAUCCACCGGUGAAGACCGCCCUCGUCUGGAUAUAUUCUCUAACAGCGGCGUUCAGCGUCGCCGGAAAUGUCACCGCCAUAGCCGUGCUCUCGUUCGGAAAGAGGUCUUCGGGAGAUUUAAGGGCAUUCCUCAUCAACCUGGCUGUGUCCGAUGUCACAAUGGCUGUUUUUUCAAUUCCGUUCACCUACACCAUCUUUAUGCUGGGACGCUGGAUCUUCCAUCCCCUAUUCUGCUCCGUGGUGAUAGUCAUGCAACACGUAUCUGCCGUCGUUUCGGUCUACACCCUGACUGCUAUAGGCAUCGACAGGUACAAAGCCAUCAUGCACCCGUUCGAGCGAAGGUUUACGAAGCUACGCACGAAGUUGAUCUUGGCCGCCAUCUGGGUCGCUGCAGUCGCCGUGUCCGGCGUCCAGUUGCGAGUCGCUCGUUCCGAGCGCUUCAAGUACGCGGGAGAGUGGCACUGGGACUGCGGAGAACAGUGGGGCUCCAGAGAAGACGGCCAGUCCUACACGAUGGUUAUUUUCUCGGUCACCUUCGUCCUGCCUCUACUCAGCCUGGCUUUUACCUAUACGUGCGUCGGACGACGUCUCUGGCUUAGGGCGUCUCCCGGGAACGCCGACCCAAUGCGGGAUUUGGCACAGCUCAGAGCGAAAAGAAAGAUUAUCAAAAUGUUGGUCACGAUUGUGGUGCUGUUUGCUUUGUGCUGGCUUCCGCUGCAGACUUUCUUACUUCUGUACUAUUUUGUUCCUGGGUUUGACUCCUAUCAGACAGACGACGAACGCAAAGUUUACGCACUUUCUUACUUCGCGUGUCACUGGCUUGCCAACGCCAACAGCAUGGUCAAUCCGUUCGUGUAUUGCUUCAUGAGUGACAAUUUCAGGGCUGACCUGAAGGACCUGCUGACUGCGAGGGCGAGAAAAACCAGAGACAGUGUAAGAAGCGGUUCCACCAGGACUACAGUAAGCCAGUUCCAGCGAUGCGGUUCAGGGUCGAUGGCAUCAAGAAACUGGACCACAGGAGCCGGAAAUGUUGUCUUGAAGGAUUACAGACAAACUUGCUCAUUCGACUGCCAGCAAGAUUACACAUCUCAGCUGUGAUUUCACGGCUUUAUAAAUUAAUAAAUCUUCGCCGAAAUCAAAUUCACGUUUUAAAUAGUUUCAGGGUUCAGUUCACUCGAAAACCAGCCUACAAAUUCCUUCAAUUCGGCAGGAUAUUAAAAUAUUCACCACCGACAACAACAAUUUUAAUUUCAUUGUGAAUUACAGCCUUUUUAAUCACUGAAGUUUAUGUUCGAUCGCUGAGCUCUGUAGUGCCUGG